AUGAGUGGAGAUAAUGAACAAAAGCCAGUAUUAUACUCAUACUGGCGGAGCUCUUGCUCAUGGAGAGUAAGAAUUGCUCUCAAUCUUAAAGAGAUUCCAUAUGACAUCAAAGCUGUCAGUCUCAUCAAGGGUGGUGGGGAACAACAUUGCAAUGAAUACAGGGAAGUCAAUCCAAUGGAACAAGUACCAUCAUUAUGUAUUGAUGGCCAUACAAUAAUAGAAUCUUUAACUAUCAUGCACUAUCUAGAGGAGACACGACCACAAAGACCAUUAAUGCCACAAGACUGUUUCAAGAGAGCAAAAGUGCGGGAAAUUUGUGAGGUGAUAUCAUCUGGCAUCCAACCUCUACAGAACCUGAUAGUACUUAUUUACGUGGGGGAAGAGAAAAAGAAAGAAUGGGCGCAGCAUUGGAUAAUGCGCGGCUUUCGCGCUGUGGAGAAACUCCUCUCCGCAUCUGCCGGAAAAUACUGCGUUGGUGACGAAAUCACCUUGGCUGACUGCUGCUUGGUGCCACAAGUGUUUAAUGCAAGAAGAUUCCAUGUCGAUCUGCGUCCAUUCCCAAUCAUACUUCGCAUUGACCGUGAACUAGAAAAUCAUCCGGCGUUCCGUGCAGCUCAUCCGUCAUCACAACCCGACUGCCCGCCCGAGGUCGCCAAG